AUGCCGGCAACACCACCGGCAAAGCGAACACGAGGUGGGGUUCAAACGCCCACUUCCAAACGGGGCAAGCCGACGGAAGAGGUAGUUCCGGGAGAAGAGUCCCACAACACCGACAAGGGCACACCCAAGAAGCGAACCCAUGUGGAACCGAAAAAACUAGAUCUGACGGGUGAUAACGAAGCAUCCAGUAAGGACGAUAAGGACCAACCGGAAGUGGACGGCACUGAAACUUCUACGGCGGUUGCAAAGGAUGCGGAUAGCGAGAAAGAGGUAACCAAGGAUACGGUAGCUGAAUCAGUCAGGGACGAGGCUGACUCGACAAAAGAUGCCGCUGAAGUAAAACAGCAGGAGCCAGCUAAAACAGAAGAGGCGCAGAAAGAAACGACAACCGUCACGGAAGAGAAAAACGAUUCAGGCGUUGAGGAAAGCAAGUCGGACAGCAGCAAAACACCCGACACACCGAUGGAGGUUGAUGUGCAGGAGGAUAAACCACCCGCAGUAGUGGCCGACGAAGCUAAACCAACUAACGACGUCAAACCGACCGAUGAGGAAAAAACUGUUGUCCAGGAGUCGGAGCAACUGCCGCCUAGUGUGGACGAAACUGGAAGUUCAGCUAAAGAGGAAAAUGUCGGCAAGUCAGCUGAGAGCAACGGAACGCCGGAAGUUAAAGAUGUAACUUCGGAGACGGCAGCAGAAGUAGUGCGAGCUACUGAUGUGUUGAAGGAAAGCGCUCCUACCCAAGAAGCAGAAAAAACCCCCAGCAGUGUAACGGUGAAUGACGUUGUUUCAGCGGCGCAGAAUAAUGCGAACGAAAAAGAUAGUCCAACUGUGGAAUCUAAAAUUGUAACCAACGACAUGGCAGUAGCAGAACCCGCAACUGCUGCUCGAUAAGAAAUUCCCGCCAGGCCCGACGAAUUUAUUUUUUUGAUUAAUUUUAGCGUAUCCUGCGAUUUCUUAUAUUUGUCACGAUUGAUGAAUUAUUAAUUUUUGAAUUGAACUACCGACAAUAUGUUGGGCAAAAAUGAAUACAUCUGCGAAGAGUUAGCAUUUUAUGAAUCGUUGUUUUUACGUCAACGAACGUAGAGCAUGCGUGUUGAAAUAAUAAUUACCAUAUUGACAUUUAAUUUGCUAUAUAUACCGACUUCAAACCAAUACAAAUUUCAUCCCAUGCAUGUGAUUUAGCUUCUCUUGUUACGACAAUGAUUUAGUAAGCAAUUUUAAAAUAUUCAAUUUGAUUUCACAAAAUGCUUGUUUUCUAGAAAAUUGUCGUUUUUAAACUAUCAUAUUGUUC